AUGCCUGAAACAAAGACAACACGGCCUGCGGCUGGAGAUCAGUGGACUAAGAGACUGAAGCUGAACCAUAGUGCGGCGGCCAUUAGCCUCGCCCAGCCUGCACCGAAAUCAGCAGCACAAUUGAGCACAGCCUCUACUGAAACUACUCACGCUGAAAGUUGCCAUCUGUUGUCGUUUGCAUCCGCCAGAGAGAUUGUUGACAAAGCUUCUGUCCCCAUCUUGGACCUCACAGACAGAGAAACGGCUAUUAUCCAGGUCACACACACCGUAAGCGUGGACGUAUCUGAUCCGAUAUCUGCAACAAAUACGGCAGCCGCAUAUCAACUACAGCGAAUUAAACGCUUGGGGGCCACCCUCUCUACAAGAGUCUUCAAGUGCCGGCACUCUGCUAUUCCUAAGCCUGUGGUUGCUAAAGUUCUUCGAUAUAAAGGGGACUCAGCCUCUAAACUUGCUAGAUUUGCAGAAGUAUGGAAGCGAGAAAAGCUAGUGCUUGAAAAUCUAAAGCAUCAAUACAUUGUAUCAUUGCAAGCUUUUGAUGGCCGCAUGUUUGCAUCAUAUCUGGAGCUGCUCCAAGGGUCCGGCGGAACGCCUUGGUAUCUCCCUCCUGAGAUUAUGAAAAUGAAAAUACGCAGCCCGCCAGGUGAUACAUGGGCUCUUGGGGUUACAAUACUCUACGUACUUGGCAAGAUCAAAUUUCUGGAAGGACGUGGCAGAGGGUGGCCAAUUCAAAAAUUAACUACGCCAGGGGAGCCACAAAUUCAGAUGAACAAAUGGAUGGAUAUCGCCACCUGCCGUAGGGCUGAACUGAAUAAAGUGGACAAGGCGGAUCAAAGACAAAAGAUCGAAUGUCGUAUAUCCAAAAUGUUCGAAAUCAAACGUGUAUUGCGGAUCCAGGCUGGAAGUACAUGCGACUACAUACUUCUACUCCGUACAAGUGGUAAAUAA